UGCCACUGGUGGCUACUUUUCGCCAAAUUGGCGAAUUUGAGAGGCCCGUGGCGACCAAAAAUUAUGAAUGGCGACUUGGCGAAUUUCUGGCGAUUUUCGGCUAAGAGCUCGAUCGAGUUAUGGGUUCUAAGCUCAGUGUCUUCUAAACAAACGAGCGACAACAUUCAGCCCGUCCACUACCUCCUAAAUUUUUCUAUGAGGUACUGGCACGCCUCCUAGCGAAAUGUAGGUUAGCGAACUGCUCCGCAUGCCGCGAGACGGCAGUGUUGAUGGGUUGGCGGCUUUGUGGCGCAACCCACCACUCCGUUUCAAGGGGGGCGCUCAUAGAAUCUAUCCAUCCAUCCGCUUGCUACGAUCUCCUGAUUCCCAUUUGGCGACGGCGGAGCUUGUGGAGCUGCCUGUCUUCGCUGCUGUAAUACCUACUUUUUAACUGCUGGAACAUGGGGAAGCACGCUAAUGCGAAGCGAAGAUUUCGUGAUGAAUGGCUCCGGGAUCAAAAACUUAAAGACUGGAUAUCGCCGACUGAACAUGGACAAGCGGUGAAGUGCAAAUACUGCAACUGUGUAUUGAGGCCUCAUUAUACGGACCUCCUAAAGCACGCCGACUCUAAGAAGCACAAAGACUACGUUGUGCCUGCCCCACAGCAGCUCAAGCAGUUCUUGGCCCAGGUCAGCAAGCCAAAUUUUGACCAAGCAAGGCGGGAAGUUCGAAUAGCAUUGUUCACCGCUACGCACACACCUGUAAGUGCGGUUGAUGAACUUGGUGAAAUUCUGCAAGAAGAAUUCGACGGAAAGUUUCGGAUGCACCGUACCAAGUGCGCAGCUGUCAUCAAGAAUGUGUUGGCACCACACUUCAAGCACAAGCUGGACAAAAUGGUGAAGGAAGCCCCGGGGUACUCCUUAAUGCUCGAUGAAUCUACGGAUGUCUCCACCACAAAACAGCUGUGUGUUUCUGUUCGCUUUCAUAACUCUGAAACGAACUGUAUCUCGGACACGUUCCUCGACUUGAAAGAAGUAGCGAAUGGAACAGCAGAAGUGAUGCAUCAGUGUGUCAUGGACAUAUUGUCUGAUCACGGGUUGAGCCUUAAAGACUGUGUGGGAAUAGCGACAGAUGGUGCAAACUCAAUGUGCGGAGAGCACAACUCUCUGUGGAGCCGGCUCAGGGAAGGGCAUCCAGAUUUGAUUUUAGUAAAGUGCAUGUGCCACUCGCUAGACCUCGUUGCCGCAAAGUCAAUGCAGACAAUGCCUUCAGCGCUCGAGUACAUGGUACGAGAAUCUCACAAUUACUUUGCUCACAGCUCCACCAGGCUCGCUGCAUACAAGGGAUUGUAUAACAGUAUGCUGGAAGACACCGACAAGGUAGAGCCACCAAAACUCCUGUCUCUGUCUCCAACAAGGUGGUUGGCAAUGUUCGACUGCAUCGAAAGAAUUUUGGGUCAAUUUGAGAGCCUGCAGAAGUUUUUUCACAGUAUCGACAGCCGCAACUAUAGCACGCGUGUUCUUCGGGACAUGUACAAUGACACUCGGAACCACGUCUAUUUGAUUUUUCUUGCAGCAGUGCUUCACAAUGUGAAACGAGUGAAUCUGUUGUUUCAGAGCCAGACAGCCGACCCUUUGAAGCUUUUUCAAGAACUAGAAAAUCUAUACAUAGAUGUCCUUAAGCGGAUCUUGAAACCAGCCGUGUUACGGCACAACUCCAACAGUGACCUGCUUUCCCUGGAUUUAAAAAACAUGGAGAGCAUCUACUUAGACUGUGGACAAGCAGACCUCGGAGCAGCAUUUGCAGAACGGCUCGCGGCAAGUGGAUUGCCUGCCCAUGACCAGACCUGCAUUAGAGAGCGGUGCUUCAAUUUUUUGCAGAAAUUGGCAACAGAGCUACAAACACGAAUUCCAAAUGCAACAUCUGCUCUCCGCAGGCUUCAAGCUAUAAGUCCGGAAACUGUAUUGGGGCCCAAUGCUUGCCGGGAGAUCUUGAGUUUGCCGUCAUGCCUGUUUGGCAUACGUAACAACCAACUGGAAGCGGAGGUACGACUGCUUCGGUCUGCAUUCGCUACAACUGAAACUAGUUCUGCCACAAGUUUCUGGUAUGAGGCGCUAGCAUUCAGGGACGCUGCUGGUGUACGUCCCUUCCCAGCACUCGCCGCUGGAGCCAUCAGGAUCCUGACACUUCCGGUCUCAAAUGCCGAAGCGGAGAGAGUCUUUUCUAAUGUAACCUUAACUAAAACAGAACUUCGCAAUAAGAUGAAGAUGGACCUUUUGGAGUCCAUCUUAAGGAUCAAAUUUGGCCUUCGUCUGAAGAAGAAGACAUCGUCAAACUACAUCGUUCCGGAGGAAGUUCUUUGUAAAAUGACGGCAAACUAUUCUGGGGCUUGCAGUAUCUACAAUUAG